AUGGUGCGUUUUCUUCGUGGAUCCUCACUACAUCGCGAGUGUAUUUCCGUCCACAUCGGACAAGCUGGAGUCCAAAUCGGCAACGCUUGCUGGGAGCUAUACUGCCUUGAACAUGGCAUUUUAGCGAACGGUAAAAUCAGCAAUCCUUCCAGUGAAAUCCAUGAUGAUUCAUUCAACACUUUUUUUAACGAGACAGAGGCGGGAAAGUUUGUUCCUCGAUCAAUUUUUGUCGACCUGGAACCAACUGUUGUGGAUGAGGCUCGUACAGGAAUUUACCGAGAGCUCUACCACCCGGAACAGAUGAUCAGUGGCAAGGAGGACGCCGCUAACAAUUAUGCUCGCGGGCACUACACCAUAGGAAAGGAAAUCCUCGACCUGGUGAUGGAUAGAAUCCGAAGAAUGGCGGAUCAGUGCUCUGGUCUCCAAGGAUUCCUUCUUUCGCAUUCGUUCGGUGGUGGAACAGGUUCGGGAUUUUCUUCUCUCCUCAUCGAGCGCUUGGCUGUUGAUUACAGCAAGAAGUCGAAGCUGGAGUUUUGUGUUUAUCCUUCGCCCAGAGUGUCUACAGCAGUGGUCGAACCUUACAACGCUGUAUUGACCACGCAUUCCACUCUGGAACAUGCAGACUGUUCGUUCCUGAUGGACAAUGAGGCCAUCUAUGAUCUGUGUCGGAUAAACCUGGAUGUUGAACGACCGACGUAUAUGAAUCUCAAUCGUCUGAUCGGGCAGGUAGUGUCCUCCAUCACUGCCUCUCUUCGUUUUGAUGGCGCAUUGAAUGUCGAUCUGACUGAAUUCCAGACCAACCUUGUGCCAUAUCCGAGAAUUCACUACCCUCUGGUGUCCUAUUCUCCGAUCAUUUCCGCAGAAAAAGCCUAUCACGAGCAGCUGACCGUGGCGGAAAUAACCAACCGAUGUUUCCUUCCGUCCAAUCAGAUGGUCAAAUGCGAUCCGAGGCAUGGACAGUACAUGGCUUGCUGUAUGCUCUACAGAGGCGACGUCGUUCCCAAAGACGUGAACGCGUCAAUUUGCGCCACAAAAUCCAAACGCACCGUGCAAUUCGUCGAAUGGUGCCCGACGGGUUUCAAGGUGGGAAUCAACUACCAGCCCCCUUCGGUUGUCCCCGGCGGGGAUCAGGCCAAUUUGCUCCGGGCGCUUUGCAUGCUUAGUAACAGCACUGCCAUCGCUGAGGCGUGGGCUCGUUUGGAUCACAAGUUCGAUUUGAUGUUUGCCAAGCGCGCGUUUGUUCACUGGUAUGUCGGCGAAGGCAUGGAGGAAGGAGAGUUUAUUGAAGCGCGUGAAGAUCUUGCUGCUCUGGAGAAAGAUUACGAGGAGGUGGAGACUGCCCAACCUGAUAACGAUGACGACGAUUAUUGA